UAUCAUUCAUAGUGCACUCAUCUACCCCAAAUGACUUGUUCCAACACCCAUAACCUCGGCUGCAUUGCAUUGCAUGGGGUUGCAUGGGGUUGCAAUGUUGUCUAUUAAGAGGGACAGUAUGCCCUUGAGAUACAGACCUUUCUAUUCCUCAACCCAUCGUUCUCUUUAGACGACUCAAUUCAAGGCUCUUCGUGAGUACUGGUUAACUCUUCUGAAUUGUAUUUGGCUACGAUUUCAAUAUGUCGGAGAAGCAGGUCCACGACAUUUCGGCCGUCGACCAUGUCGACGACACGCUAGAGAAGCCAGAGGCGGUGCAGACCAAGAUUGUUAUGGGCGAUGAAGGCUUCAAUCAGGCAAUGCUCAAAGAGCCCCCUUCUCCAUUCAACGUCAUUGCGCUCCAGCUCUACAUGAUCUCUGUUAUCGGCUUCUGUUGUUCGACUUCCAACGGAUUCGAUUCCUCCCUUUUCGGCUCUCUCCUGGCCAACAAGUCCUUCUUGAACUUCUUUGCCGUGGGCUCCGUCGGUCUCAAAGCUGGUAUCGUCUCCUCCAUGAAUCAAAUAGGCGCUGUUGUAUCGCUUCCGUUCGUUGGUCCUGCUAUUGAUACCUUUGGCCGAAAAGCUGGCAUGUUCAUUGGUGGUUCAGUCAUCAUACUCGGAGUUAUCAUUCAAGGAACUUGUAUUCACACUCAUAGCGUCGGUCAAUUCAUGGCAGGGCGAUUUUUUAUGGGCAUGGGAAUCAAUCUCAUCUCCGCAGCUGGUCCUGUCUACGUUGUUGAAGUCUCCCAUCCAGCAUAUCGUGGAAUUGUAACAGCCUUGUACAAUGUGUUUUGGCCUGUUGGUGCUCUUGUUGCCAGUUGUGCUUGCCGAGGAACCAUCACAUGGGGCAACAACGCAUCAUGGAUCCUACCCAUCUGGCUACAGAUGAUGUUCCCCGGCGUCGUCUGGGUCUUUGCUUAUUUCCUCCCUGAGUCUCCUCGGUGGAACUACACCAACGGCAAGGCAGACAAAGCGAAGGCUUUUCUCACUAAAUAUCACGGCAAUGGCAAUCCUGAGAGCGAAUGGGUUAAGCUUCAGAUGUGGGAAUAUGAGGCGUACCUAGAGCUUGAAGGAGCAGAUAAGCGUUGGUGGGAUUACCGCGCGCUUUUCCGUGACAGAGCCUCCGUCUAUAGACUUAUGAGCAACUGCCUUGUUUCUCUCUUCGGCCAAUGGGCAGGAAAUGGUGUUGUGUCUUAUUUCCUCGCCGGUGUUCUCGAUACUGCAGGUGUCAAAGACCCUGUCAUUCAAACCGAUCUCUUCACUGCUAUGAACGCAGUCCAGGUCAUAUUCGCCGUCCUUGGCAGCACAUUGGUCGACAAAGUUGGUCGUCGCCCACUUCUCAUCUGGGUCAACGUUGGCUGCGCGGUCUGUUGGAUCGGUGUCUCUACAGCUUCUGGAAUUCAAGCAUCGAGAGGCGAUAAAGCGUCUAGUGCUGCUACAGUAGCAAUGAUCUACAUCUUCCAGGUCGUUUACUCUGUUGGUUGGACUCCCUUGCAAGCACUAUACCCUGUAGAGGUUCUCUCCUUUGAGAUGCGUGCCAAGGGAAUGGCGUUCUCUGGUUUAUUUGUCAAUAUUGGUACUCUUGUCAACCAAUUCGGAUUCCCCGUUGCGCUUGCAAAUAUCAAAUGGAAGACAUACCUUGUAUUCAUGGUAUGGUGUGCCAUCCAAGCAAUCAUCAUCUACUUCCUCAUCCCCGAAACCAAGAACCGCACACUAGAAGAGCUAGACGAGAUCUUCAAGGCCAAGAAUCCAAUGAAGGCAUCUAUUGCCAAGAAGAAGGUCAACCUCGAUGCCGAUGCCAACAUCAUUGGUGUGGAAGAUCUUGAUGGAUCCGACGUCAAGGCUUAGUCUGGGCGAUGAAUUAAUUAGAGAUGGCUUUUGGUGGAAAGGGGUAGAGAAGAAGGGAAGAUUUCGGAG